ACUCACACAUGAGUCGGCGAAAUAGCCGGCUGCCUACUUCAUGACUUGAAGAACAUCAAUCACCGCAGCCUCCGUCAGUGCAUUACAAUCGAGUUUUGGCGAUCUGUUGAGGUUAAUAGCGCGGCUCCUAACUGUGUAGCAGAUCGGGUUGCUGAAAUAUAAUCACUGGCGCCUUGCGUUUGCAGGUCCACUGUUGCUUUCAGUUCCGUUCCAAGUGAUACUUGUUUAGCGCCUCGUCCGUGCUGAUUGGCAAAAGUUGAAUCCGUGGUAACAGCCACGAAAGGAUACAGCAGAGUAGAAGUGAGUGACGGCGGAUGAGGAAGACUGCUUAGAGGUCGCGAAGGAACCGACAGCGGGAUCCAAGAUGGUGUGGAACAGCAGAGAGGAUGAGAUAGCGUUGUAUGGAAGCGGCUCUUUGGAGUCUUCGAAAACUUCCACGAGACGCAAAUGUACCGUUACUUUCGUAGUGCUACUCCUGGCCGGCAUCUUGCUUGCCAUCAUUGUGCCAGUGACGCUCCAUGCGCGGAAUAGCAGCGAUGACUCCGUUCCUGCCCAGCAGGCUGGACCCCCGGCUGGUGUGACGACUGCUUGCUCAGCAACUCAGUAUCCAGACACCUGUAGUAAUACACUGCAGAAUUCCACUCAUUCCGAUGCGAGGAUUUUCACUUCGACCACCGUGGCUGCGGCUUCGACAGGCGUAGACGAGACGCGCUUGAGUAUCAAGAAUUCUCAGACGCCUGAAAACGCACCAGCUGUGGAGGUUUGCCUAGAUACUUUGACCUCUGCGUCUGCGGAGCUUGAAGUUGUGCUGAAAGAUUUAAACACGACGGAUAAGGCCGUUCUCAAUGCCACGUUCGACGACAUCAAGACGCGCCUCACGGCCGCUAUGGAGUUCCAUACGACAUGUUUGGAUGCAUUGGAGGAGGUUGGAGGGCCGAUUAGUCCUUCUGUGCAAGCAGUCAGCAAGAAGUCAACGCAUUCUCUGCAUUCGGAGACGAUUUCCUCGCAUGGGCUAAAUCCUUUGGACACCGUCGAAACUUUUCCGCUGUGGGUAGGCAUGGAGCAACGGCGCCACCUUCUCCAAACCGUGCCUGCAAACGGUACCUACAACGUAGGAAGAUCAUGGACGCAGUGA